AUGGAGACCCGCUACAACCUGAAGAGUCCGGCUGUUAAACGCUUAAUGAAAGAAGCAGCAGAGUUGAAAGACCCAACAGAUCAUUACCACGCACAGCCUUUAGAGGAUAAUCUUUUUGAAUGGCACUUCACAGUUAGAGGGCCCCCAGACUCUGAUUUUGAUGGAGGAGUUUAUCAUGGGCGAAUAGUGCUGCCACCGGAGUACCCCAUGAAACCACCCAGCAUCAUUCUCCUAACGGCUAACGGACGAUUUGAAGUAGGCAAGAAAAUCUGUUUGAGCAUCUCAGGACAUCAUCCUGAAACUUGGCAGCCUUCAUGGAGCAUAAGGACAGCAUUAUUAGCCAUCAUUGGGUUUAUGCCAACGAAAGGCGAGGGAGCCAUAGGCUCUCUGGAUUACACGCCCGAGGAGAGACGAGCUCUCGCCAAAAAAUCACAAGAUUUCUGUUGUGAGGGAUGUGGCUUUGCCAUGAAGGAUGUCCUGUUGCCUUUAAAAUCUGGAAGCGAUUCAAGCCAGGCUGACCAAGAAGCCAAGGAACUGGCUAGACAAAUCAGUUUUAAGGCAGAAGUUAAUUCAUCUGGAAAGCCUGUUGCUGAGUCGGACUUAAACCACUCUUUCUCACUAAGUGGUUUACAGGAUGAUGGACCUGCAGCGUUCCAGGGUGCCACUGCAAGUACAUCGUAUGGAACCGAGAACCCCUCGGCAGCACCCCUUCAACAGCCUGCCCAGCCGGUAGCUAAGCGCACCUCCGUGAGCCCUCGACAGCGCCGGGCCCAUCAGCAGAGCCAGAGCCGGCCGCCUGCGCCCCCAGACGCCGCGCAGGGCCAGCGGGCGAGAGGCGGCCACACCGACCGCGGCGGGUCUGCUCUCUUGGUCGUCAUCUUGACUUUGGCACUGGCAGCUCUCGUAUUCCGGCGAAUAUAUCUGGCCAAUGAGUACAUGUUUGACUUUGAGCUAUAA